AUGUCUGCCGUUGAUAGCAUCACCGAGAACAUGGCCGCCACCUCUAUUGCUCCGAUUGCACCAGAAGGAGCAAACAACAUCUCCGGUGGCGAGCCCAUCAACGCUGCCGAGAACGAGGCAGUCAUUGCCGCAGCUGCUGAGGGCCGUCGUCUUUACAUCGGAAACCUCGCCUACGCGACCACUGAGGGGGAACUCAAGUCCUUCUUCACCGGCUUCUCAGUCGAGACCACGUCCAUUCCCACCAAUCCUCGUACCACCCGACCAGUUGGUUACGCCUUUGUCGACCUCUCUACUGCAGAAGAAGCACAGAAAGCCAUCGCCGAGCUCGCUGGCAAGUUCAUCCUCGACCGUAAAGUCUCCGUACAGCUGGCUCGCAAGCCUGAGACCGCCGCCGAGAAGCAGGCCGCGGCUGCUAGUGGUGGAGAGGGCCUUAGUGGUGGGGAGGGCCGUCGUAGGAACUCUGGCCGCGGUCGUGGACGUGGCCGUGCUCGUGGUGGACGUACUGGUCGGGGUGGUCGAAGCCGUCAAGCCAACGCUGGUGAAGAUACCAAUAUCCCAGGCCAGGCCUUGCCCUUAACAGAGACCACCAACGAGGGUGCACCCGCAACCAACGGAGCAGAAGAUAAGGCCCGUGCUCCUCGCCAACCCCGUCAACGUGGACCGCCUGAGGAUGGAAUCCCCUCGAAGAACAAGGUCAUGGUGGCCAACCUCCCUUACGACCUUAGCGAGGAGAAGCUCAAAGAACUCUUCUCUGCCUAUAACCCUACCGCUGCCAAGAUCGCUCUUCGACCUAUCGCCCGCUACAUGGUCAAGAAGCUGCAGGCCCGUAACGAGCCCCGUAAGGGUCGUGGAUUUGGUUUCGUCUCUCUAGGAUCGGAGGAGCUGCAGCAAAAAGCUGUCAGUGAAAUGAACGGCAAGGAGGUGGAAGGCCGCGAGAUUGCUGUAAAGGUCGCUAUCGACAGCCCUGGCAAGGAGGACGUCGACCCCGAGGCCGCUGGCACGGCUCCUCUCACCGAGAAUGGAGUUGUCCAAGCCAAUGACCCUCCUGCGACUGAAGCUGCCUAA